GAAUACACCAAUAAAUAAAUGCUUGAGAAAAAAAUUAGUUGGCGAAGUGUAUUUUGCUUGGUGGUCUGAAAAACCGAAGGAAACAGACAUCUUCUUCUUCUUCUUCUUCUUCUUCUUCUCUUAACCUAAUUCACCAUGAACUCUCUCGUUGUAAGCUCACACACUUCUUCAUUCCGCACCUUCCCACACUCUUCCUCAACACAAAGUUUCAAUCUUUUCCCCAAUCUAAGACAACCCACUUUCCUCAAUUUUCAUUUCUUCUCCUCUAAAUUCAAGCCACCCCACUUCAUCGCAUGUUGCUCAUCUGGGUCAUCACCAAAUCGAUCGAACCCUUCAGAGGAAUCGAUUCUUCAAAAUGACAUCUUUCAUGCUGAAGUCACAACCCCCAAUGUUCCUUCAUUUGCUUCUCCUGUGUCCAAGUUUAGCUUCACUGACCAAGCUUUCUUUCUCAUCACUUUCAUUGCCUGCACGACUUCAGUGACAUUCACUAGCCUUGUUUUUGCUGCUGUUCCCACUCUAUUUGCAAUGAGAAAUGCUGCAAUAUCCCUUUCAAAGUUAGCAGAUACAGCUCGUGAGGAACUCCCCAGCACCAUGGCUGCUAUUAGGCUUUCAGGGAUGGAAAUAAGUGAUCUCACACUAGAAUUAAGUGAUCUAAGCCAGGAAAUAGCAGAUGGAGUCAACAAGUCAGCCCAAGCUUUGCAAGCUGCAGAAGCUGGAAUCAAACAGAUUGGUUCAAUGGCACAAGAACAAACUAUGUCUAUGAUUGAAGAGAGGGCAAAUUUGCCUAUAAUAUCUUUGCAACCUGUUGUUGUUGGAGCUGCAAGAAAGACUUCCAGAGCAGUUGGCCGAGCCACAAAGAGCUUGAUGAACAUCAUUUCAGGAAAGGAAGGGACAUCAGAAUAUGAUGAUGAUGAUAAUGGCAGAAAUUACAUGUGAUGAGUUCAACCAAAAUGAUUCAACUGUGCAUAUUUCAUUUUCUCAAUGCCUCGACAAAAAUAUAGUGUAGAAGGAUAGCGUAGAUUGAACAGAAAAUUUAUGUCAAAAUUUGUAUGUUUUCUUUCAUGAUGUAUAGGGACCACCUUAAUACUUUGAGAUUUGCUACAUAAAAGUGCAGUUCUAAGUUCUAACCA